UUAGCUGUGUUUUCUUUGAGGCACCAUGGAGGAAAAGGGAUUGGUGCUUUUUGAACAUUGCUAUGUUGCAGGCGCCUUCUUUACCUGGUCGCCCUGGGAGACCCGGUGCCUGCCUUCUAUCCUGACAACCCUCACUGCAACCAGGGUGAGCACGUUGGGUUCUCCAGGAAGGAGGCUCUGAGACGGACAUUAGCAUGGAGGAGGUUUACUAGCAGAAGAUGAGAGGGGAAAGCUGGCUCGGGAAGAGGGAAAGGUCAAGUUGCAAUGUGAUCUCCACUGAAGCUUUAGCUGGCCUCUAGCUCCGAAGAAAAGAAGACCUUCCAGUGGUGUUCUGAGUCUGGGAAGAACCGAGGGGAGAGAGGGAAAGAGGAGGGAACCAGAAACAUGGUGGAGUAGGAGGAUCCUGAGCUCACCUCAUCCCAUGCACACACCAAGGCAACAGCUACACCUGUACAACUGAUCUGAAAAUGACCUGAAGACUGGCAGAAAACCUCUUCUACAGCUAGUCAUAGAGAGAAUGCCACAUCGAAAAGGGUUAAGAUGAAAACAAAAAUCUCCCCUGUGGAAGUGACAUUUAUGUGACUUGAAGGAGGAAGAGGAGAGAGUCAGCAGCCAUCACCAGACAUCUGGCUUUGGAAGCAGUUUUGCUGAAGAGAACACAACCUGUGCCACUGAAUCCAAACAGCAUUCAUUCUUGGUGGUCGCGAGCAUCCUUGCAUCCAGAGAAAGGAAUCACUUUGCUAUUUUUUAUGGUUUAAUUAUAUUAUUGCAUAAAACAUUUUGGCUGUAUAACUUUCUGGACUUCCCUGUUUUACAACCAAUAAUCCCGCUGAAAUGUGAAAUGUACCUAAAAUUAACAAAGACAGGGUCUCAUCCCACAUCUCUGAUUUCAUUUAGGCUUGAAGAAGUAGUCCAACAUCACACAGAGUACAAAGCACAGGAACAGUGAGACCUAGGUUUGCUCCCAGCUCUGUGCCGCAAAGUCACUCACUGGUGACCUGAACCAUCUGUAUUCUCUCACCAACCCAGUUUAUUGCUUGUCUCUCUCUGGGAAUAUCAAGGGAAAAAAAAUGGAGAAGAAGGAGUCUUAAUGGAACGUGUUCCCCUUAAUUAUCAUUAUAUCAGUCCUCUUUUCCCUAUAGACAUUAGCCUCUCUUGCAUUUCAAUCCUGCAUCUGCUCUUUUGCUGGACAAGAGAGAACUCCAGACCCAGAGUCUACAACACCUUCCUGCUCAGGAUCUUGGCUGAGGAUGUGAUACCUGCUACCUUGGGCCUAUGAAAAGAGAAGAUCAAGGAAGAAAAUCCAAUGAAUUGAGGAUGGUAGAAAAAAAGGGAAAGCAUCAGGCUUGAUCUCCAACAAGAACCUUCAAUCAAACACUAUGCUUCUGGUUAAGUAAAUAGUACGCUUCCUUGUUUGCAAACCAGUGCUAAUCGUGUUUUCUGUUACUUGUCUACAAAUGGGAUUAGCCAGGGCAAUAAAAUGAUGUCUAAACAGGUGAUAUAUAGGGCUGUCACUCAGAAGACCAUAAAAUCACCUCUUGCUGAUGAAAGAUAAAACAAGAGACCUAUAACAUGGGGCAGUUAACAGAAGGCUCAGGUGCUGGCCUUAUCAGGUUGCCAAGAAGAAAGGAAAGGGAAGAAUAGAAAGGCAGAAGGACUCCCCUUGGCAGAGAACCAGAACAAAAGCAGCUGUUGCUUAUCAUGGAUGCACUGAAGUUUAUUACAGUUGUGUGUCACACUCAAGCAAGCAGUUCUUUGAAAGUUUACUGGGGAGUGUGUUUGUUUGUCUGUGCUUUCUUAUGUGUUGAGGGGUGCCUAAGUCAGUUACCAUAACAUAUAAAACAUCCUUUCCUGGCCACUCUUUGUAAACCUCUUCUGAACUCAUCUGUGAGUUAAUUUGUUCUGCAGCCAUCCUCCCUGGUUCUUCAAACAGCUUGGAGAGAUCCAGAGUCUUCCAUACUGGCACUGAUUUUCUCCUAUCUGUUCUCUCUUGAGACUGUUCACAUGUUCCCUUCCUUCUCGACCGUACUGGAGCUCAGAGAUCUCAGCUUUCUAUCUUUCCUCCCAGCCCCAGGACAUUGCUGUUCUACAGGAUGAAGCUUACAUCUUACUUCCUUCUCAUUCUCAUCCUCCUUCUCCAGCUGAUGAUCCCAAGGUAUGCUCAGUGUUCCUUGGACUCCAUCAUGGACACAAAGAUAAAGGAAGCUCUCAAUGGCUUAGGUAACAUUUCAUGUACCAGUAUCUUUAGCUCAGGCAAACUGUCUUCCUGCCCUGCAGCUAAUGUCCAUAUAGGAAUGGUUGUCACCAGCUGUGCUUGUGGCUAUGGCUGUGGUUCCUGGGAUAUCCAGGGAGAAACCACAUGCCACUGCCAGUGCAGCACUAUAGACUGGACCACUUCCCACUGCUGCCACCUGACCUGAGGGGGAGGAGGAUGAGAACCCAACUGUGUGACCAUCACAGUAAUGAAACUACACAUCAAACAGGAAACCUGACUCAAACUGUCCCUUUCAUUUGUUACAGCCUGCUUCUUGGGUAGUAAAGACAACUCUUUGCAUCUCUCUGUGUUUGUAUUUUUGAUAUCACUGCCCUGGGCUUAGAAUUCCUCUAGCCAGAAAAUUUCUCCAGGGUCCCAAUUACUCCAUCUCAGCAAGGAUUAGUAAAAAUAUGGGGAGACUGGGAAAUUUGAGAUUAAUAUUCCAGCCUCCUAGUUCCCUCAUUGUUUAACAAAAGGACAAUGAUUAUGCCAGACAUUUUGCUUGGCACAGAGAAAAUAAAUAACAUGCAUGCUCCUAUGAGGCUCACUGAAUAGAAGAGUGGGUUCCAAACUAAGUGCAGGCAGAUUUUCCAAGGUAGAGGCAGGUAAGGAUGGUUUUAAAAGAAUAAAUUUCUAGAUUUCUGGCUUGUGUAUAUACUGUUUCCUAAACUUAUGUGUCAGAGAUCUAUUUUGAUCAAAGUGAUGAAUUUGCCAUUGUCUUUCUCUCCCAUAACAAAACAAAAAUACAGCAUUUAUCUGCCAUUGAACCUUACCAUAAUUCAUCAUCCUGGGAUAUAAAUAUCUACAGAAUGGAAUGGUCCAAAAUACUGGCACCAAUGUCGAGUGAUCCAGUGACUGGGUAACAAGUCCUUUCACAAGUUGCAGGACUUUCAGUGUUUGACACAAUAUUGAAAGAGGGUAUCAUCCAGUUAUCGAUUGGUAGACCACCAAAAAUAAUUUUAAUAAUAAGCUUCAGUAUGACUUUUAACAAGUAACUCAAAAGGAAUUCAAAC